AUGUCAGCCACUAACGACACUUCGGUAUUUGCGCUCCUGCCUCAACUACAAGACAUUGUCCCAGAUACUCGACCGCGGAGGAAGAAAGCGCGGACUCUCCGCGAGAGUGACUGGGAACCAUACAGAGACAGAAUUAUACAGCUGCACCUUACGGAAAGACGGCCGCUUCCUGAAGUAAAAAACAUGAUUGAACAAGAAACUGGAUUCGCUGCUGAGAUUCGUCAGUAUAGAUCUCGUCUGACUCAAUGGAAGCUGGAUAAGAAUAUCAAACCAGAAGAGAUGAAGGCCAUCGUAAGACAUCGCCAACAGAGGGGCCUUAUCGAUACAAAUAAGGGUAGUCUCAGGUUCCGUGUGAGAGGUCAAGAAGUCGAACCUCAAAAGAUUGAGAGAUGGAUGAAGAGACACGACCUUCGUGAGAGCAUGAUAUAUGCUCCAAGUCCUGCAGCAUGUCAGUUGCUUGGACCAACCCCUUCCGCUGUAAGCUACGCAACAAUUUCCGAAAUUGGAUCACCGGGAAUACGAUUGAUCCCUUCCCCGGGGGCCAUUCAAGAUGUCGAUAUGGAUAGCAACAACUCUCCUCCUACGCCUCGCCAGAAUAUCGGAAGCCCUCCCACUACACCACGACUAGCAAGCACGGAUCCACGUUUCGGACCUUUUGUGAAUCAGACCAACCAUGCAUACGUUUAUGCAAAAUGGCAAUAUGAGUAUACUAUACGCGAGUACGAGUUCGAGCGGGACAUUCCAGACUUUACUCUAGACCUCAGCCCAAACGUGUCUCAGGUUCUAGAAGCAACCUCAGAAUCACUUUCAUCCGUUCCUGACAAGCAAACUGUAAUAGUGAUCGGCAGAAGUAUAGCGCAAAUCCUGAUUCGGGAUUGGAUUGGCAUGCGUAUCUCGCUAGGUGCGCAAACAGACGUCAACUUGCAUUUCUAUAUCCAACAGGUCCCGUCCACAGAGACUGUCAAUGUCAGACUCUAUGUCAACGCGGGACUCUCACCACAGUCUUGGAUUAUGGGAUUUGAUUUGGUUAAAGACUUGCUGGCUACCCCACAUUGUAAGGCCGCUUGGACGUCUGGUACAUUCAGUCCUACUCACCUUCCAGAGUCUAUAAAGGGUUGGCCGUUAGUUGAGGUUCCAUGGGACGAGUUACAGCCUUUCUCGUGGGCUCAUUUAGUGAGCUAG